AUGAUCCAUGCAACAUUUUUGACCGAUACAGAUCAGCAAUCAGCACGUAAUGCUUCUUCUGUAUACACACCAGCCAUGGUUUAUCCUUGCAGUAAUACAAAGUCGGAAUCGCUUCCUAACAACACGGAGUAUUCAUCUGUGGAAAAUGUCCCAGCCAAGUGUGUACCAGUGAUUCCCCCUAUCAUUUCUGAUAAUAAUAACACAGUCUCCAAAAAAUCGAAGUGGAUUUGUACUCAUUGUUCUUUGAGUUUUACACGUCCAAGUCACUUGGUAGAUCAUUUGCGUAUUCACACCGGUGAAAGACCUUACAAGUGUAUUUUAUGUGGACGUCAAUUCACUCAAGCUUCUAACCUUCGCCGACAUCUCUCAAGUCACAGAGCCUGGCCACCAGUGUCAUUUGUAACUGCUGCUGCAUCCAAUGGGCACCAAAAUUCUGAAAUAGUUCCAAAAAAUACUGAAGUGGUACCUAACUCUACUUCAUGUCGCCAUGUUUCUCCUAAAAUUUGGAUCUGUCGGUUUUGUGAUCAACGAUUUGAAACAUACAUACAACUUCGGGCUCAUAUUGUACAUCAUAAAGACAAGCAGGUUUAUGCAUGUGUAUUUUCUGAUUGCAACUCCUCUUUUUCAUCACCAAACAGUUUAUUAAAUCAUUUGUUAGAAAAACACCGAGUUAACAGGAGUGACAAACUUGCAUGUCAGACUUGCGACCAAAACUUUCACGAUUUCUUGCAUCUUGUUAGACACUUGUUGCCUCGACGUAAUGGAUCUAACUCCGGUUGUCCUAUGCUGUAUAUUAGAUCAAGAAAAAAGGAAAGUAAAUUGGUGAAGAGAAAUCGUAAAUUUAUUUCACACCAUAGGUCUACUAAUGCACAGGAUGUAGAACGAAGUUCAAAGUCGUCAGCUGAAUACUCCAGUACUGCUAAUUAUUUGGAUCCGACAUUCCGUAUACUUCCUUUACAAAGUUUCAAAAAAGAUAAUUCACUAUUUGGUUUCAAGUGCCCGUUUUGUGUGAAAAUUUGCAAAAGUCUUAAACAUAUCCAUACACACUUAUCUGAAAGACAUUCAAGCCAAAUGAACCUUUCAGUAUUCAAAUCUGCCUUGUCCAACAAGACUACGAAUGAUGACACUAAUAAUACUGUUUCCCUGCCGCGUAAUGCAGAUUCGUCUUUCAGUGGUGGUGAAUCUUCUAAAACAGCCUUAUUUCUUCUUCAACUAGAAGAGUGUAUGCUAUCUCAAGGAAAUCACCUAGAACCUAACAAGAAUGCUUCACCUAAAAUAUUUGUAUGCAGAUUUUGUGGCAAAAGCUUUCAAAAACAGAAGUUCUUCAGUGACCACGAGUUGAUGUGUCAACAGUCAAUUCAAGAACGAGCACGUCGAAUUCGUCUUAGAGCCAAUAAACGACAGAAGUUUUUCGUUUCACAGAAAACUAAUACUGAAUUGGAUAUGAAUUUAUGCACUGAUAUUACUCCUCCAAAUCAAGAUUUCGUCCUUUGUAAUUCAGAGGAUUCAGUUUCAGCGCUUAGAAGAUCCACACGUAAUAGAACAUUUCAUACAUUUUGGAAACCUAAACCAACUCGUCGAAAGCGUAAUUUUGAAUCCGUCUGCUGA